CUUUUUUUUUUCUUUCUUUCUUUUAAAGGAUUGAGUUUAUUGUUAUUAUUAAUAUUAUAUGACAGGUUGUUUUCACUAUUAUUUUUAAACCUGUUUUACGCGAUUAUGGGUUCAAAUACUUCUAAAGAAGAUAAAACUGUGGACGAUGGCUAUUUACAUACUUUAGGACUUUAUGCCAAUGUUACUCAAGAUUACGAUAAAAAGACAAUACGUAAAUUGAUUACUACAAGAAAACUAGCACCCUUUUACAAAGGUCUAGACGAAGUUGUUAGUAGUAGUUCCAAUACUUUUAUGGAAAAAUCACCUUCUCCACCUUUAUCCUCGUCAUCAUCCACCAGAAAUAAUAAUACUAGUCAAAUGUAUUUAUAUUCAGAUGCAGUGGAAUGUCCUAUUUGUUUUUUAUAUUACCCUUCCAAUAUCAAUUAUUCCAAAUGUUGUGAUCAACCUAUAUGUACAGAAUGUUUUGUUCAAAUCAAACGUACUGAUCCUCUUUUACCAGCAUGUUGUCCAUUUUGUGUUCAACCUAACUUUGGUAUUAUUUAUCAUUUUGCAUCAUCUAUCACCCAUCCUCAGCGACAUUCAACAUUAUUCCCCUUCAAUAUUUCUUGUCAUCAUGCGAUCACAAAAAACGUCACUACCCGAUCUAGUUCUGGUUACGAAUUAUCACCCGAUCAAGGUCGAUCCUCACAUGGUUCAUUACAGAAAACUAAUAGUCAAAUACGACGAUCUUUAGUAAAACAAAAACCAUCUAUGAUAGUCCUAGCUGAUCAUAUCCGACCAGACAUCCAAUCAACCACAACAACAGCCACAACAAGAUCAUCAUUACAAUCAACCAAUUUGGAAUCAUCCUUACCGUUAAGACGAUAUUAUGCUACGGAUAUGACUAUGGAAACACCUAGUUUUGAGGAAUGGAUGAUUUUGGAAGCUGUACGGCGAUCGUUACAGGACCAACAACAACAACAACAACAACAACAACAACAACAACAACAACAACAACAACAACAAGAUUCAGUAGAUUAUAGUGAUCGUCAUCCAUUCUCUUCUUCUCCGCCUCCUCAUACUACUUCUCCUCCUUCGUCUUCUACUACGACUUCUCUUCCUUAUGGUCAACGUAUGUCUACUGCUGCUACUGGUCUUGCCUCAGAUGAAUCUUCUAUUCUAUGCUAAGUUUUAUCCAUUCAAGAAACGAUACGGUGUUGUACAUUUUUUUUUCUUCUUCCUUCUACAUAUGUACAUAUAGUGAUAAUGAUAUUGAUAGCGAAAAUAAUAGUAGUCGUGGUAGUAGUAACAGUAGUUUAUAUAUAUAUUACAUAUACAUAGUUUUUAUCGCUCACUCUUUUUUUUUUUUAUGAAUAAAAAUAUAUACCGCCUUU